GGACAUCCCAGCUCGCACACAAUCGUCCUCCCACCAACAACACACGCUCCAUCUUCUCGGUUGCACCGGUGACCAAGGUGCAGCCUUGGGGGAAUCAAAAGAAUAACAAUACAAGAAACAGGGCUAGGCUGGGCUUUUGCUUCAGACCACUGAGACUGCAGACAAUCAUCGAAGCUAAUCAUUGGAGGAGCACAAGAACCAAAACUCACCUGGUCGAAUGAAAAGCAGGCUGAGCAGCAAAAUGGAACUUCUACUGAAGCUUCUCAGCAUCUGGUGCCUGAUUGGGCUAACUGUCAGCCAGGACAUAACUUACGAGGAACAUAUUGCCCAGAUUCAAGCCUGCCCUAAAGAGUGUCGCUGCCCAACGAACUUCCCUCGUGCUGUUUACUGUGACAAUAAAAACUUGAAGAAUAUCCCUAAAAUCCCUCCAUACACAUGGUACCUGUAUCUGCAGAGCAAUAUGAUCGAAGUGCUGUCAACAGAUGCCUUGCAGAAUGCCACCCAGCUGCGUUGGCUGAACCUUAACCGCAAUAAAAUCACUAGUGAAGGCGUGGAAGAAGGUGUCCUCAGUGCAAUGACUCACCUGGUGCACCUGUACAUGGACGAUAACCUCUUGUCUUCAGUGCCAGCACAACUCCCAGCCAGCCUGGAGCAUUUACGUCUGUCUCGCAAUCGAAUCUCCAAGAUCCCUGCAGGUGUCUUCGUCGGCCUGGAUAAACUUACUCUUCUGGACCUCCAGGGUAACAAGCUGAUGGAUGACGCUGUGACUGAAGUCAGCCUAAAGGGUUUGAACAACCUGGUACAGAUCAAUCUAGCCAAGAACCAGCUGAGUACCAUGCCUCUUGGGCUACCACCUUCUACCACUCAGCUUUUCCUUGAUGGCAACAACAUUGAGAAGAUCCCAGCUGGCUACUUCAAAGGUUUGCCAAAAGUGGCAUUUCUGAGGCUCAACCACAACAAGCUUGCCAGCAGUGGAGUCCCCAAAAAUGUGUUUAACAUCUCCAGCAUUUUGGACUUGCAGCUGUCCCACAACCAGCUGACUGAUGUUCCUCUCAUUCCCUCAGGCCUUGAGCAUCUUCACCUUGACCACAACAAGAUCAAAACUGUAAGCGGCUCAGGUGUCUGUCCCGUGUCUGUCGAAGAUCUGGGCGAUUCACUUAAUGAAAGUGCUCCUCGACUCCGCUACCUCCGACUGGACGGCAAUGAAAUUCAACCACCAAUUCCCAGAGAUGUCAUCAUGUGUUUCCGUCUCCUUAGGUCUAUUGUCAUCUAAACAGAAAAACGAACAUUGUUUCUUAGGCCAAUUCUUAUUUUCCACAAAUGAUGACUUGACCUUGAAGUUGAUUUGGUAAAUAAGAAUUGUGAAGCCAUACAUAUUUGCAUGUUUGUAAAGUAUCUGACAUUAGUUGGCAUGAACUUAUUGUAUUGUUGUGUCUUGGAAACAGCUUUUUUAGUUAAGUCUGAAUAAGAUCUAAAAGACACUACUGAUGGGUUAGAAGCUUUAAUUGUGGCUAUUGACCGCUAGCUGUGCCUUAUGCAGGUGUAAACAGCUGCAUGAAUACUUCUGAACCAAAAUGUAACUGUACAUGAAUAGGAGGACAAUAUGUAUUUAUGGCAUGUAAAAAGCUUGGAGACUAAUUGUCAUUAUGCGAUAUUGAACAGAAGCUAAAGCUUCUAAAUGCAAAAUCAAAAUACAACUUUUAUUUUUUUUCUCUAUGACUACUUUAUAUCUUUGGGCUUGAAGCCAAAUAACUGGUCUUGUGUUCUUAUAGGUGUGUGGUCUUGAUUUUCUUCCGAAAAUUACUCUAUUCUAGAAAUUUGCAUAUUUACUGUAGGUAAUUUAUUUUUAUUUAAUACUGGGGGAAUAAAAGUGAAAUCCUGUGAAUAUUCCUGGCCAACAGUCCUUAAUGUUUUGUACACAACAAUGUGAGAACUGUUUUUAUAUAAAAAAAAAAUACCAAGACACUUUUUAAUUAUGGCCACUUCUUUUUCUGAAUAAUUUGAGAUAAGAUGUCAUUUGAAUUGUCUUCAAUUUAAAUAAAACUUCUAAGAACAA